AGAAAAUCUCUUCGCGUCCAAAUUCUGUCGUUCUUUGAAACAGUAUUGUUAUUAUUGUAUAGCAAGCUGCCUUUGUUUUGUGAUUUGCAUAAGCUCUCCUAUUAUCGAAUUCGUCCGUCCCCGGCACACCAUCCCUUCCAACUAGUUGAUUGAAGAACACCAUUUUAUUAACCAUGACCAUUUACGAGCAACAAGAAGAGAGCCUAUCACAGGCAAUUACAUCAGCAAUGCCAUCGGGAAUGGACUUUGGUGACCGACACCAACACAUCAACCACCUGCGCCCAAGUAUGUCUCAGGGAUCACAACACGGUCGCUUCGAAGACAACUAUAUGAACGGAAACAUGAACGUAAAUUUCCCUUUCAACUAUCAAAAUCAGGGCGCCAUGAAUCGACAGUAUUCAUACGGUUCCUCUAUGGGAGAUCAGUUCAACCUGCUCAAUCAGAUUUCUCAAUACCCGCAUCAUCCAACACAGCCUUUUCCCAGCUACCAAGCAGGUUCAGAAUAUCUCUCAUCACCUAAUUCAAAUUUUUUCAUGGCUGGUCAACUUUCUGAAGUAUCUACACCUAGUAAUUCAUCCUCAACUGAUCUAUCCAACGUUUACUAUGAUGCCCUGUUCCCUGAUCAUCACAGGGCGUCCUGGGAUGCCAAUGCUAUGAACAUGGCCGUCAAGAGACAUCGUCCAUAUAGUCCAAGGAAACAAUCCUCUGCCUCUGAAGAUGCCGAUUCCUCACGGCCAAAGGUAUACGUCCUCAAGGCAUGUGUAUCUUGCAAGGCAUCCCAUGUUGCGUGUGACAUCGCACGUCCUUGUCAGCGAUGUGUCCGCUUGAAUAAAGGAGACACCUGCGUAGACGCUGAGCGCAAGAAGAGAGGCCGCCCAUGUAAUAGCGGCAAAAGACAAAAGGAAGCUGCAGAAAAGAAGAGACGUGAGCGAGAACGAGAAUUGGAACGAUUAGAUGAAUGCAACCACACUGGUGUGCCUAGCGUAUUGAUGGGAAGAAGAGACGAAGUGUAUAACAACCAGACACCAUCCAACAGCUACCCGAAUUUGCAGGAACAGCAAGAUCAGGAUGACAUACUACAAAUGUUAAGUUAUGUGGGUAUGUAAUAAUUACGGCUCCUUACUCUAUUUCUUUUCCCUCCACCCUCCGCCGCCUAUUCUCGAUCCUGCACUCCCACUCUUUGCCUUCUUAUUGUAUAAAUGAUCCACACAAGUGUAUAAUUUGCGAAACCCCCUCACCC